CGCUUGAGUCUGGAAGAAGGACGGUGAACUGGGUGGGAAGUAAAAUGCUCCCGACAACGCGUCGCCAUCGGGGGGAUCGCGACAGGCCUAGUGUGCUGGAUAUCUCCUGCAUCGCGCUGAAUUGGAGCUAGACACAAAGCUAGGGUUGUUACUGGCAGAAGAACCAGGAUUCAGAUCUCUGUGGAACUUGCUUUCAAAAGCUUUUGAAACAAAGGACUGCUUUCUAAUUUGGACAUGGCUAAUCGAGGAGCAACAAGGCCCAAUGGGCCAAAUGCUGGAAAUAAAAUUUGCCAAUUCAAACUAGUACUUUUAGGAGAGUCUGCAGUUGGCAAAUCAAGUUUGGUGCUUCGUUUUGUAAAAGGACAGUUUCAUGAAUUUCAAGAAAGUACGAUUGGAGCUGCUUUUCUAACCCAGACUGUAUGUCUGGAUGAUACAACGGUAAAAUUUGAAAUUUGGGAUACAGCUGGGCAAGAGCGGUACCACAGUUUAGCACCCAUGUACUACAGAGGAGCACAAGCAGCUAUCGUGGUAUACGACAUUACAAACGAGGAGUCCUUUGCCAGAGCGAAAAAUUGGGUCAAAGAACUUCAGCGACAAGCAAGUCCUAACAUUGUAAUAGCUUUAGCAGGAAACAAAGCUGAUCUAGCUAACAAAAGAGCUGUGGAUUUCCAGGAAGCACAGGCUUAUGCAGAUGACAACAGCCUAUUGUUCAUGGAGACAUCUGCCAAAACAUCUAUGAACGUAAAUGAAAUAUUCAUGGCAAUUGCGAAAAAAUUGCCCAAGAAUGAACCACAGAAUGCAGGAGCCAGCUCUGCCAGAGGAAGAGGAGUAGACCUUACUGAACCCACACAACCACCCAAGAGUCAAUGUUGUAGUAACUAAAAGAUCAAUUGCUUUAAACUGUUCUGAAUAUUCUUCUGCUUCCUAACUGUUAAUAACCAUGGAAUUGGAGUGCUUAACCUGGUCCAGUACAGCUUCCAAACAGCGAAGAGACUUACGAUAAUACUCAAGUUCAUGAUAAAGAGUUUUAUUUUGACCUAAAAUUUUAACAUGCAUGUAUCUACCACUGGCUGUAAUGUUUCAGCAGUAGAGGAGAGAUGGAAGCGGAAUAAACUUCCUUCAGUUGAAAGGUUUUAAAAAUCAGUUGUUACUAUUAGGGGUUUAGAAGAACUACUUUCUGUGGACCUAAUUGGCCAGUUCCUGUAGCCUCAAUACUGAUCACUGUUAUAAUAAAUAGAAUUGGGUCUUUUCAUAAUUCUCAAUUGUGCUUUAAAACUUCCGUAGAAACAGGGUCUAAAAAUUGCUUAAACUUAUUUGCAGUAUUGAUGCAACCAGUUGUUUCUGCAGGUAUCCACUGUUUAGUUAUACAUUCCAUAGGUUAAUAAUUUUAUUACAAAUAAUACUUGCAUUAACAAUUUUAAGAAUCCUAUGCUUGCCAGAAAGUGGAGUUUUAGUUGGUACACUGUAUGUAAAUUAUAUCAACCCAGUUAGUUAUCUUAAUGAAUUAGUGAUGAAUCAAGUCUAACUUCAUUUCUAAUCUGUGCAGAGGGUGCAGACCAGUAAAUUCAACUCUACAACUUAGGAUAUGGGGUUUUUUGUCCUCUACAAACUGUAAGAGCUCUUCAAGUAAAACCACAACAAACUCGGUGUCUGUGACUUCUUUCUUGUUUCUGAUCAUUGCUGGCCAUUACAGUUUGUUUUUCCCCUAAGGAAAAAAAAUAGUGCACUAAUGAUUAUGUACAUCCAACUUAAUUUUAAAUUUGGAUAUUAAUGUACUGUAAAUAGGUACUCUGCAUUGUAGUCUACAUUUGUUUAAUACUUUCUGUAAUAUUUAAGAGUUGCUUAAAGGUAUACAGAAUGUACAGUUACUUAAAGCUAACUUUUUUCCUCUCUAAUCGAAGGGGGUUCUGAGUUCUUCCUUUAUGGCUA